AUGGUAUCCCAACAGCGCAAGACCGCCCUCAUAACAGGCUGCAGCGAAGGCGGCAUCGGCCACGCUCUCGUCAAGGAGUUCCAAGCGCGAGGCCUGCACGUCUUCGCGACGGCACGUUCCGUGUCCAAGAUGAGCUCUCUAGGCUCCUUACCUCACGUCACAUUACUACCGCUAGAUGUCACAUCGAGCGAGUCGCUUGCAGCAGCCGCAGCCGCCGUGUCCGCGGAGACAAGCGGCAAGCUCGACUUCCUCGUCAACAACGCAGGUCAGCAGAUCAUCAUGCCGCUCCUCGACUUCGACAUGGCGCAGGCCAAGGCCAUGUACGAUGUCAACGUCUUCGGCGCUGCUGCUGCUGUCCAGGCCUUUGCGCCUCUACUCAUUGCCGCGAAGGGCACGAUCGUUAACAUGACUUCUAUUACCGGGCUCAUGUACCCGCCAUACAUGAGUUUCUACGCAGGCACCAAGUCCUCCCUAAUCAGCAUCAGCGAGGGCAUGCGUCUAGAACUCAAGCCCUUCGGCGUCAAAGUAGCCACCAUCAUCGUCGGCGCCGUACACACCAACAUCUUCGCUAACGCGCCCGAGCACAAGUUGCCUCCAAACUCGCUGUACAAGGGCGCCGAGAAGGAAAUCGCAGCCCGGGCAACGGGGCAGGAUGUCGGAGAGCGGCUCGGCACGAGGGAAGAUUUCUCGCGCGAGCUCGUCGGCAAGUUGCUGCGCGGCGCCUCGGGCAGGCUGCAUGUUGGUAACAUGUCGACUAUGAUACGUAUUAUGACGACGUGGUUCCCGACUUGUGUAGUAGAUUAUCUUACGGUAGCAAACACGGGGCUCGACCACCUACCCUGA